AUGGAUGAGAAUGAACCACCUGAAUCAUUCAUUCAAGUGAUUGUUCAACUAUCUAAAGAACGUAUUGAAACAGAGUAUAAGAACAAUAACAAUAAGAACAAUAAUAACAAGACAAUAGAAGUAGAAGAAAAGAGUAGAGCUCAACAAACAUAUGAUGGUUAUUUAGAUGAUGAUCGUCACAAGACUAUAUUAUGGUUGUAUUAUCUAGUCUUGCACUGUCAUUUACCAACUAUCAACAAACAAUCAAUUUACAUGUUAGGAAAUGAAAUAAUUCGAGACCGUGAUGAUUAUUAUCUACCAAUUGAAAGAUUCUCUCUCACUGAUUUAUUCAAACUUGUUGUUGAGGACAAAGACAAUGACAAUGACAAUGGCAAUGAUGAUAACAUCAAUCAUUUAAUUCAUUUAUUAUUUACAUUUAAUGGUGUUCCAAAAUAUAGAUAUAAACAAUCAUGUGAUGCUUUACAUUUUGGUUCGAAUCAAUCAACUGAAACCAUGUUACGAUUUUUUGAAAGACAUGGUCCUGUAAUACCACCUUUAUACGAUUAUACUAUCUUUUCAUUACUAGGUAGAUAUUUAUGUGAUAGUAGUAACGUUGAAAUACAACACCGAGCAAUCAAUAUUAUCAAUAGGAUUGCUACAGUACAAAUGGGUCAAUUUGAAGUAGUUUUCCUUAAAACCCUUGAUAGAGCUGGCUUUGGACAACAACGAGAUAGAACAUUGGUACUAGAGAUUGACAACACUAUCAUUCAAAUAUUGGUAGAUGGAGUUUUAAAAACAUCUCUGUUUGGUCAUCACAAAAUUGCUCUAUCAAUUAUUAAAUAUUUAAAUCCAAACAAAUAUCAAAAUUUAUCAAAUAGAGUAUUAAAAGAAAUAUUAUUAAUAUUACCAACAAUGAAUGAAACAAAAAAAUCAACUUGUUUUAUUAGAUUUUUUUUUGGUAUUGGUCGUAUUGUUGGAAUGAAACAAUUUAAUAGAUAUCUACUAGAAUUGAUGAUAUUAUCUAAAUCGGCAAACAUGACUUCAAAUACCUUUCAUGUACUUUGUAGGAAAUUAAUGAAACUCGACCCAAGUCAUAUAUCUCUGUACUAUCCAAUCAUCAUUAAACCAUUCUUUUAUGAAAGGGUCGACUCCAAGAUGGCUACCAAGUUGUCGGUACUGGCUUAUAGUCUGUCCCCUUAUCUACACGGAUUAACGGAUCGGUUGUGCAAAGAACUUGAACGGUCACAUCACCAGGAAUCAGGGAUUAAAUCGGCGUUGUUUGGAAUAUUUCAAGCACAAGUCUCCAAACAUGAUCAUCAACCCCAACCCCUAUUUGCCAGAUUCUCAAAGAUAUUGUUGGAUCAAUGUUUAGAAUUACAAACCACUUGGGAUAUAUCAAAUAAUUUGGAUAGAGUACAAAAGAUGAUAGAUUGUAUCAAACAAGAAAAGAGUCCCAUUUACAAAAGUACAUCUCAACAAUUGAUAGAGUACUUUGAAAAAAUAGAUUCAAGAAUGUAUAAUAGUUUGAAAAGGAAUGCAAUUGGAGACGGGGUGGAGGAGGAGAGACAACCCGAGGAAACCAUCCAUGGAGAUUGGAUAUCAUCCAUUAUUCAAAUUCGAACCCUCAUUGCAGACGUUAUGAAUGAAGUUGAUUUUAAAUUACUUUUGGAUAAUUCCAAAUAUCCUCCCUCUCAUCAAGUCAACUAUGGAUAUUCAUUUUGGAAAAUAAUAAUACAUGCCUUUAACAUUGCAUCGAUCGAUAAAACCUUUCAACCAACACUCGAUCAAAUCUAUCAAUUUAUAAACCAUCAUUUAUCAACACCACCACCACCAAAUGUCGAUAACCGAGUUGACAAUGUCACCCUUGCUCUAUUUUUAAAGUCAACAUUAAAACAAGAUGGAAUCCAUGAUAAAAGAUUUAAAGUAUCAAUAUUUCCACCCAACCUACUCUCAGAAUUAAAUCAACAUUGUCCAUUAUUUUUAUUUAAAACAAAUUAA